CCGGUGUUGAAAUAUACACCAAUGGCUCUAAAGAUGGCAGCUUAGUAGGUGCCACGUUCUGAGUCUACUGUGACGGAGUGCAUGUGUACGAACAGUCAGUCAGAAUGAAUGAAAAAGCAUUCGUGUUCCAGGCAGAGCUGGUGGACCUGGAGGGAGCAUCCCAGUGGAUCUUGCUACAACCAGGUCCUGAGCCAGUCACAGUUUACUCCGAUAGUCAGUCAUCGCUACAAGCCUUGAGCAAUGAGUACCAUUGCGAUUCGCUAAUACUAGAGAUCAAAAGUAGAGUGCUGAGGGCGAAGCACGAGCAACAUGUUGCCCUGCAGUGGGUCCGAAGCGACAUUGGGAUCCUGGGUAACAAACGUGCCGAUCAGCUGGCAAAGGCGGGAGCCAGCAGUCCUUUUUUAACAAGGAUGGCAGAACCCUCGACCACAUACAUUGAAGGUACUUUGCUAAAACAAUCAAUGUCUUACUGGCAAGAGUGCUGGACUCAAACUACAGUGGGAAGGUCAACCUAUGCCUUUGUGCCUGUAGUUGGCCUCACUCCGGUGUGUUGCAACUGGCUUACGACCCAAAUACUGACCAGCCACAGGAAGUUUCCCCACUUCAAGUCCAAAUUCAGACAAGGAGAUAGUAGCUGCUCCUAUGGAUGUCCUCGCAGCAACAUGAGACACUAUGUACUUGACUGUCGUCUAACCAAGGAUUUCCGUCGAGGGGCCAACCGAGUCGACUGGUCUAGGCCGCCUGAACAAGUACUUCAAGUGCUUGCAACUAGUAAAAUAAACUUAAAAAAAACUAAAGGAUUUGAUGGAAAGUAUUAUAGAUCUGUUUAA